AGCGUUAAUACUCAUUUAUUGCCAAUAACAGUGGCGAAAUUUGAGAAACCGGCCUUCGUUUUGCUAAUUACCGCUAGUUCACGUUAUUUCCACUCUGAUUUAAUACGGCGAGAAUAAAUCGUUUUUUUUUUCAAGUUUCUAUUGAAGAAAUUAUUCAAGCAACAAUGUUGAAGCUCGUAACGGCAGCGCCGUGUUAUUGCGAGCGAGCGUGAUAUUGUGCGAAAUGUUAGCGUUUUACAGAAUGCGUUUUCCUAUUGUUAUUAACCGGGAAACUUAUUUAUUACAGAUUGUCCUUAGCUGGCUGCAUCCAGUCACAAUGCUACGGCUAGCUGUCUAGCAACCCCCAGUGCAGUUGAACGGAGUGGAGCUAGCUGGCGGUUAGCUUCAUGUCAGCGCUAGCUAGCAACCUGGGCUGACAUUCCGUGACAAGGGGAAAGUGAAGAAAAUAACCCGAGUGAAGGAAAACACUAAGUCAGGAAAUUACACCGCAAGCACUUGCUUUUGUUCGACGCGUAGCGGCUUUGCAUGCAUUGUUUAAAUGGGUUGGGGAUACUGGAGGAGUGGGAAUGACUGACACUCCGCCAAGUGAUGGCCCCUCCCAGGGAGCAGAGUUUGACAUGAUGGGUGCUUUGGACUGGAAGGAUGGUAUUGCGACGUUGCCAGGCAGUGAUAUCAGGUUCCGCAUGACAGAGUUUGGGACUCUUGAGAUCGUCACAGACCUAGAGGUCAAAGGGCAGCAGGCAGCACCCAAUAGUGAGACCUUGGACCCUGCACAGUCUCACACUCCCACCCCUCCACCAGAGGGCCAAUCACAGCCUAGCAAAGCCGCAGCUCCAGCCAAUCAGAGUCAGUCAGGAUCAUCUCAAGCUAAAGCCCCUGGACCUGUGCUUCUUUCGUUAGAGGAGGGCCCCAGCAUGGAGGGCCCUAGUGUGGAGGUCGGUCCCAGUGUUGAAGUUGGCUCUAGCGCAGAUGCAGGUCCAAAUGGAGAACUGUCAAGAUGCCGGGCUUGUGGUGGCCGUGUUCCCCGGGAUGCCCUCUUUCAGGGCAAAUUCUGUAGCUCCAUCUGUGCCCAGCCCUCCAGUGGCAGAUCAUCUCCAGGGGAGGCGAGGGAGAGUCAUGCAGUAGAGGGUGAGAGGCUGGGUAAACGUGUGCGUAAAAAGAGAAAAAUCUAUAUGGAUUCUGGUGAUGAGGAGGAAGAAAACCAAGAGGAACCAGAGGAAAAGGCCAAGACUACCAAAGGCAGAAGAGGUGCCAAAAUUGCCAAACUGGCGAUGGCCGCACCCAAUAAGAAGCGGGCGUGGAGCUGGCCUGCGUAUUUGGAAGAGGAGAGGGCCAUUGCUGCUCCUGUUAAACUAUACAAAGAGCACCAGUCGUUUCCUCAGAGCAGGAACAGUUUUAAGGUGGGAAUGAAGCUGGAGGGACUCGACCCGUCUCAUCCGUCUCUGUUCUGUGUACUCACUGUUGCAGAGAUCCAAGGUUAUAGGAUAAGACUCCACUUUGAUGGUUACCCCGAAUGCUACGACUUCUGGGCCAACGCUGACUCAUGGGAUAUAAAACCAGCUGGCUGGUGUGAGAAGAAUGGACAUAAGUUAUUGUUGCCCAAAGGUUGUAAGGAUGGAGAGUUUAACUGGAGCAUGUAUGUGAAGAACUGCAGGGGUCAGCUGGCUCCAAAACAUCUUUUCAAGAGCCUCAACACAUCUGUGACGCCGUCUGGAUUCAGAGCAGGAAUGAAGCUGGAGGCAGUGGACAGGAAGAACCCAGCACUGAUCUGUGUGGCCACCAUCGCUGCUGUUGUUGACAACCGACUGCUCAUUCAUUUUGAUAACUGGGACGACACGUAUGAUUAUUGGUGUGACGCUAGCAGUCCAUACAUCCAUCCUGUGGGGUUCUGUGAAGAGGCCGAGCUUACUCUGACCACUCCAGCUGGUAAGACACAGACCAAGACACACGUGGAAUAUAAGCAACCCAAGAGUUUCUCAUGGGAGAAAUAUCUGGAAGAGACGGGCACACAGGCUGCUCCUGCUCGGGCUUUCAAACCACGACCUCCACAUGGCUUCCAGUUUGGGAUGAAAGUGGAAGCUGUUGAUAAGAGGAACCCCAUGCUCAUCCGUGUUGCAACUAUAGUGGACACAGAGGACCACCGACUAAAGAUUCAUUUUGAUGGCUGGAGCACAGAGUAUGACUACUGGGUGGAGACGGACUGCCCUGAUCUACACCCUGUAGGGUGGUGUCAGAAAACUGGACACCCACUGCAAUACCCAAACGGCUCCAGUGAUUUAUUAGCUGCCCCAGGACAAGGAUGUCCUACCCCAGGAUGCAACGGGGUUGGCCACAUCAGGGGACCUCGUUACGGGACCCACUACACUCAGGUGAGCUGUCCCUACUCAGAAAUGAAUCUGAACAAGGAGGGCUUGCUGCCAGAUCGCCUCAGCGGAGAGCGACCGCUCGCCCUUAGCGGACCUCAUUCUCGUGGGCGACGCCCCGAUGCUCACACAAACACUAUGACACCGACCACCUCGAUGCCCGACCAGCCGGAAGGAGCUGAAGACUCCCAGAACAGGAAACCAGUGACAGUGGAAGCUGAGCGUUUAGGACGCAACAGCCAGCCGGAGCCAGCAGGUGGAGCCAGUGAGCAGAGCCACAAUGGAACAAGGCCUAAACGGACUGCUCCAGUCCCCAAAUACCUGAAAAUGCACUAUGUCAAAGAGGAGAUUGGUGAUAGUAAAGCCUCUCCAGACGCCAUCUCUCUUCAGCAGGCCCUCCACGAGUCGGUGUUCUCUCCCGGCAUCUCUGCCUCCCCCCCCCACCGGGUGGCCCUCUGCUGGGACAAGCACUGCCAGCUGCUGCCUGAGGUCCUGGGGCUGACUGCCAAGAGAGUGGCCACUUGGAGCGCUGAGGAGGUGGCCUGUUUUGUCAAAGGACUCCCAGGAUGUAAAGAACAUGCUGCUACAUUCAAAACAGAGCAAAUAGAUGGCGAGGCCUUCCUGCUGCUCACCCAAGCAGACAUCGUCAAGAUCCUGUCAAUCAAGUUAGGACCCGCCCUGAAGAUCUACAACUCCAUCCUCAUGCUGAAGAACGCGGACGAAGAGUAAGACCCAGUUCCAUCAACACUCACCUACAGACAUUUGAUAAAAUCAGCUGGGACAGGUUUCGUCUGUCAAGCUCUGCAACGGUGCAGCUACACGAGAGAAGCAAGUGGAAGCCAUCAUCUUUUAAAACGUCCAUCUCCCCCCUCCUCCUCCUCCCUCCUCUCUCCAUGAUGGACAGUACUGAGCAACCCUGAGGGAGAGUUUUUACAUGAUACCAUGAGGAUUUAUAUCGUGUUUGUUUACUGAAUCAUUAAAAAAAAAAAUACUACAAGCACCUUCAAUGCUUCUUAACAUUGUACAGUUCAUGGAUUGGAUUUAGUGUCAUGAUUCUGUUGAUUUUUUUGUGUUUGUUUUAUUUGAACUGUAAUGGUGCUUGAGCUCAGAGCAGAUGGAACAAGUGUGUGUGUGCUUUGUUGCUUUUUUUAACAGGCAACAGAUAAUUUCUUUUCUUUUUUUUUUGAAAAAGCUGCAAAAUACAAUCGUGAGUUGGUGAGAGGUUUUUAAAUGUGAAACCCAGUGGAGAAGAAGCACUAUGUAGUACAGCCUUUCUCCUCUAGGUGGAGAAAGUGGGCCGCUCCACAGGCCCGAAGGCCAGAGAGUUUGUUUAAAUUGGAGCUGGCUGAAGCUUAGAUUGAAUGGGGGAUGGUUAAAACUUUCUGUGUGUGUGUGUGUGUGCGCGCGCGCAAAUGUGACCAAGUGUGUUUGAGAAAUGAGGCUGUCGUUCCCCACCAGCCCUUGUGCGUUGCUUUUCUGGUCAGAGGAUUGUUUUUUGACGAGCAGGGCUAAGGGCUAAAGUUUAAAUUAAGGAAACUUGCAGUCGUUUUAAGGUGGAACGAGACAACAAACCAGCUCUGUUCUUCUCGAUCUGCCCUUUUCUGGGGAAACGGCACAUGAUUACGAAUGUUUAAAAAAAAAAAAAAACAGCCUUUAGUUGUUUUGUUGAUCUCGAUUCAAAUAACCUCCGUCAUUCACAUUGUAAAUAGUAAACAGCUACAAAUGGACUGUCCUCGCUCCCUACCAGAGUUUACUCCUGCUUGGUUAUGCAAAGGCUUGACAUCUGUCGACAGGGAAGGACAUUGUGACAGUAAACUGAAAAAUACGAGCCUCAACUCAUACAUAGAUUUUGAGAAAAAACAAACAUUGUACGUGUCUUUGUAAAUCAGCGUGUACUUCAGCAAGUUGGAAUGUGUACAUCAGCAACUGUUUAUAUGCAAACAGCUUUUAUUUAUGUAUUCUAAUUUAAGGGGUAAUGGUACGCUGUUUUGGCUCCGAGGUAACUGUGGCUGUCUGAUGGAAUGGGUGAAAAUAAAUGAGAUGCACACUG